UUCCCCAGUAGCGGCACGCCACAGUAGUGACAGCGGUUAGCUUCUCAGAUGUUUCAUUUUCUAUUUAAUUAGCGACGCCGGAAAAGAUUUGAUAGCGAAGUGUCGCCGACGAAUAACUGACGAGCAACGUCUUCGCUAUGUUUGCGCCAGCAGAUUCCGAUUAACCGGUGAUUUAAGAUGAUAGCUAGCUGCUAACAGCUAACUAGCACUACUAUCUAACGAUUUCACCGGCACAGGCGGACCUCUUUGUCUGACAGGGGAAGGCGUGCUCUUUUGUUAGGCUUUUCCCUUUGUCCACUCGGGAAAGAGGAACUGUUGGGUCAGUAUUUCACAGUUAUCUGCAGCCCUUAAAGCAUUUAGAAAAUGCAAAUCGCGAAAAAGUACUUGUCAGAAGGCCUUAUUCAGUUAACGAUCUUACUCAGUUUGAUUGGAGUUCGCGUGGAUAUCGACAGCUACUUAAGCGGCUAUUAUACGCCUCUGAUAGAGAUUAACUUGGGUUCGAGCUCAGCCUACACCCAGACACCCUUUCAUAAUUUGAGAGACAAUCUUGACGGAUAUAGUGUGCACCCAAAAUGUCCCGAGUUGGACUAUUUCUUUGCAAGUCGCCGGCUCCUAGACGAGGUGAGGACCCUUGGCUCACGGAGCUUCCCCACGCAGUUGAACGCAUGGCUGGUGCACCAAGUGUCUGCCACUGACAAGGCUGACUGUGGGCCUUCAACCAGCAACAACACUGACACCAACUCAGGGUUAUUAGAAAGCCCCGGGGACGAAGCCAGGGAUGACAGUGAACACCUGCCCGACAGUGGCCAAGAGGUGUGCCAAACAACAACUGAACUUGGACAAAGGCCUUGUAGCACCGGAGCUUGCUGUUUUCUUAAAGAGGAGGAGGAUAUUAAAGUUAAAGAGGAGGAAAAACCUGCCCCACUCACUCAGCUGGCUCACAGUUCCACACUGGAACAAGAGAGUCUUCUUGAAGGCAUCACUGCGCUGUCUGAUCCAGCCCGCCACCAGCCUCCCACCAUUGAUAUUGACCAGCACUGGAGCAAUUUACUCUCUCUGUCCGUCACUGACCUCGACGACUUGGACUCCCUUGUUACGGAGCGUCUGUCAGACCUCGGCACGGACAUCCCCAGCGCCAUCAGCCAGGAUGUCAGUUUGCAUGAUGCUAUGGUAACCCGAGCGUUUGGUGUGGCGUCUGAAAGAGUCGAGUCCAGGCCGAUCGCCCAACAGCAAAGAAACCUCUUUCGACUGGAAUCCACAGGCUCCUCCCACUCAGACCCGUCACCAGGGAUGGCAGUGGGCCUGGCUGCGCUCCCGUUUGCGUCAGUAUGUAAUUUAACUGGAAAUGUGUCAUCGCAUAGUGCACUGGGUGGCUGUCUGGAUGAGGCAGUGUUUGACCAGAUCAAUCAGCUAGGUUUGGAAGGCCUGGACACCCAGCUGAUGGGCUCUCUGGAGAGCAUAAACCCGCAGGUCCUCGAGGACCUGGACUCUGACUCGGGUCUCUCCUUGGAGAGCAGCUCUGGAGGUCCAGUCUCCCCAGGCUCAUCCGAGAUGUCAUCGUCAUCCAGUUCAUACUGCGAGGACGAGUGUGGAGCUACAGGCUACAGCAGUGAGGUGGAUUCAGUCCCCUCAAAGGGCAUUAUGGACUACAACACAACGUGGUCCCCCAUUGAUCUGAGUGAGAGUGUGUGGCAUGACCACAGCUACUCAUCUCCUGCUUUCUUCAACCAGCCAUCAGUAACACUUCCUCACAAAGGUAUCAAAGAGGAGCCUCUCAGCGAUGAUGAUGGGUCAAGGUUUGAUGACAGGGAUCUGAGUCGUGAUGAGCUGCGCGCCCGUGCCAUGUGCAUCCCCUUCUCUGUCCUGCAGAUUGUCAACAUGCCUGUGGAGGAGUUCCUAGAGGUCCUUGACGGUCACGGCUUCUCCCCUGACCAGGUGACCCUCCUGAGGGAUAUCCGCAGACGGGGAAAGAACAAACUGGCGGCGCAAAACUGCCGAAAGCGCAAACUAGAUGCCAUCACAGGGCUGCAAGAGGAGGUGGAAAGGUUGCAGUUUCAGAGAAGCAGGCUGCUGAAGGAGAAGCAGCUUACAGCCAAGACAAUGGGUGCUGUGGGCCAACAGAUAAAGCAGCUGACCAGGGACGUCCUGGCCCGGCUGAGAGAUAGUUCAGGACGGCCCCUGAACCCAGAAAGAUUCACCCUGCAGUGCGGGGCUAACGGGAGGGUUGUAGUGCAGCCUGUCAGACGACCUGCUGUCUCCACAUCAACGGGUACCAAAACAGACAAGAGGAAGAAGGACAAAAAGCAAUGAUGCAGUAUUGCCAGCUGAGACUUGAGCUUUUAGAUUUUGGGAUAUUUUUGGACUAACUUGCCUGACUCCGGUUUUGGGAUCUCCUCUUUUGCCUGUGUGUGUGUGUGUGUGUGUGUGUGUGUGUGUGUGUGUGU